AUGCCACCCCUUCGCCCACCAAAGCUCAACGAUGAGCAGCUCGUGAAGGCCAUCGCCUUGGCGCCUGAAGAAACCGUCCGCGCCGUUCUCCGCGCGCUUACUGGGGAUGGCGCCUUCAAGUCGCGCAUAGCGACACUCAUGGUCAAGAAGCCCCUAGGAAUUGCAACUACCGCUGCGGGAAAUCCUGCAAAGUACCCGGGGUCUGAUGCGGAGGCUGAGACCGAAAAGGAAGAGACGGAGGAAGAGGUUGACGAGAGCGAGGAGAAUGAGGAUGAGGAUGAAGACCAGGAUAAAAGCGAGGAGGAUGGCCAGGGUCAAGAGGAUGGCGAGGGUCAGAAAAAGGUCAAAAGUGAGGGAGAUCAGAAAGCUUGA